AUGCUGGGAAUGGCGGUGGAACGAGUGACGGCAAUGGUACUCGUCGAGAGAUACGACGAGAUGUGGAACGAGAAGCCGACUCUCGGAUAUGCAUUGAUUGGAAUCACGAUCACCCUAUCUUUGACGAUUAACACCGGCAUGUACUUGUCAUUUAUUCCAAAAAAUUACGCCUACGCCUCGUUGGGACUUGUCUUUUGCACUACUGGAUUGGCGUUCUCAAUGCUGCCCAUUGUUGCGCAUCGAGCUUACAAGAAAGUGAAAAGAAAACGAGAUGCUACAGUUCUUCAAAGAUUCGAAACCGGUCGCAAUCUUCAAGCAGCUCGAAUGCUGAUGUACUUGGCACCAUACAAGGUAACAACCACCCUUCUCUCCCUCACGAUCUAUUUCUUCAUCUACGAGAAAGUCGAGAUUUCUCUGAUGCCUUUGUGUGCUCAAUGCUACUGGUUUUACAAUAUUUUACAGGUAUUUUUCCAAAUGUUAUUGGCGAUUUUGUGUCACUCGUGCCUCAAAGAUGAGCUCUAUUUGUUGAUGGGGAAAAGAAGGAAAAAUGAGAAGAGAAGAAUCGAAGAUGUGCGAACUGUUGCCGGCAGCGUGGAACGUGCGCGAGCCACCCCUGCAACUUUUCUUGAAAUCGGGCAACAAUCGAGACAAGUCGCGUUGAAUACGACAAGAUCCUUAAUGAAAAAGAUCGUAGUUCAAGAAGAAAAAGACGAGAAAAGAAUAGAAUUAGUCGACAAUGCCCCGCCAAUUUUCCUUGUCAACGAUGAAAGAGUAACAGAAGCGGAGAUAAUCGCUGCUCAAAUCGUAAACGGGAUUCUCGUGCAGGCUCUCCAUCACUUUGACGCCUCGACGACGAGCUCUCUACUUGAAUUUACGACUUCAAAAGAAAUCAGGGAUCUUUGCAAU